AUGUUUGAGUCUCUACCUUCAAGUGCUCCAGUCUCGUCCAGGACGGACCCUGUCGGCUGGUGGUACGCGCGAGAGAUCGGGAGCUUCCUACAGAAGCGCGGCGCAUGGAUCGCACAGCUCGAGGAGCGCGUGGUGGGCAACUGGGCGGCGCUGAGUAGCGAGGGUGAGCAGGAUAGCGAUGUCGUGGCCACUGAUACGGAGAGGAACAGUGUGGGCAUGGCCCACGGUCUACGCACGGAAUCGACAACAUACGAACGCGUCAGGGCGAGAAAUGGGACGGCAAUACGGCGCAAGGCAUCUCCGAGAAGUACGGACUUGGGGAACACAACACGAACGGGCCAAAUACAUUCCAACUAA